AUGUUCUUCUGCCUCAUACUAUGGGCCCUAUACUCAGACACUGUCCUUGCUGCGAGUCUGUCGCGACGUUCCGAAAGCGUUGGCAGUCUGGCCGCAGGGCCAAUACCAUCCUCUGACUUGCUGUCGCCUGCAAACAUCUUAGUACCAUCAAGCAACAACUCCUCAUCUGACAAAUUGCUGAAAAUUGCAUGCGACGCAACGAGAUACGGGAAGAAUCUGAAAGUAAGCAGUUGUCGCAACGUAUUCAAUUUCAUGAAGAGGGAUGAGACCACAUACACUUUUGCCGAGCGUGACAGCGGGGUGCCGAAUGACGGUCCGCUCCCCUUGAGAACGCUCAGCAACGACGGGUUGUGCUUCGUUCAGCCAUUCCUGAGCGCAGGCGCCAUAUCUGGGAAGGCGUCUGCGACUGAAAUCGGCCAAGCCGCCUUGAUAACGCUUCAAACAUGCGUUAUUGAAAGAGGGAUGGGAGGUAUGGCCUUCAACAUAGGCGGCGACAACAAAGUCAAUGUUGCAAUCGCUGAGUACAAACCACCGAAUGUCAAAUGCGACACGACUUCGACUCCCGGACCUGCGUGGAAUUCAUGUGUGGCUAUAGUCGUGAACAUGAGAGCUACCAAGCAGGCUCGCGUAUUCGGAUACUCUGGAGACCCGAGCGUUGAAGAGGAAUUGCCCCUUGUGCUAGAAGGAUUCGAUAGGAAAUGUCAAGCAAGCAUCGACAUUGAGGGUCCAGCGACUGUUAUGACCUGGUACGAACUUUGGGAAGCGGUGACCGCCAUCACUAGUAUGUGCACGAGACAGAAAGGCAAGGGCGGUAAGGCAAGAGGCCUUGGUCGUCGCGGAAACAUCCGUUUGGAGCUGUCGGGCAAGAAGCACGACCCCGGUGAAAAGGUUGGAAAUGCGUCGACGAUCUCACUGGCAGAUGCUGGUGUUGCACUGCAAUAUUUCGACACGGUGUCUUCGCAGGCCGGUUCGACCGGGUUCAACCGGGCCAUCCCUUUCGAGCUGUUGAACUUGACGGGAGUGAUGCCCGACAAUGCCUCUUCGGUGACUCUGCCCGGUGACCCUUGGACGAACGGUUCGGUGAUGGCUAGUGCUUGA